AUGACGCAACGAGAAUUUUAUUCUGAUAGAAGUGGAGAAAGCCCUCUUCCUGCUGCGCAGGAAGUCUCGAAAUCUUCAAGUGCACGAGUUAUUGAUGGAAAGUCAAUAGAAAAAGUGAAUUCAUUGGAAUUGUAUUCCAGAAAUGCUAGAGAAUGGGCGGGCACCAAGCAAGAAUCUAUGCUGGAGAAGUUUAAAUACUACAAGGCAAGAUUUUCAACUGGUGUUGCCAAAACUAGUGAAAAAUACAAAGAAAUAGUUAAGGAACCUCUUCUUCCACAGUCACUCUAUGUGCUAACAGCAGCAUUAUUUGGAUCCGUUCUUGCUAGAAGAAAAGGCGGCAUAACGAGGUUUCUUACACCAUCUAUAUUUGGGCUUGUUGCGUUUGGCAUUUGUAUGCCAAAAACGUUUCAAAAUAGCAAGCAUAGUUUAAGCUCGCUCGAAUCGAAAUACUUCCCAGAGUUCAAAGUGAGGCAGGAUAUGGUUACUGCUGCAAUAUCCGAUAAUGCUGAUAAUCUUAAGAUUAAGUACUACAAUAUUCAGCCGGUAAUAACCGAACAAGUCACCCGGGCUAGAAGAGCGGUUGAGGACUGGUGGAAGAAAAGUUAA